AUGGAUCUGCUGCAGAAGAGCAAAUACAACCACCUGCGGAACGACUCCCUCUCCUCCCUCGAGGAGGGGUCCGCGGGGGCAGAGGGGGACUCCCCCUCAGAGCCCCCGGCGGCCGCCCCGUCCCUCCCCAGCUCCCUGUCCUCCUCCUCCCUCAGCCCCAUGCUCCCCCUGGGCGAGCUCUCCUCGGAGUCGGAGGACAGCCCCACCACCCUCUGCUCCUUCUUCCCCAAGAUGGCCAGCCUGAAGCUCUCCAACCCCUCCGCCCUCCUCAGCCUUCGGGCCUUCUCCAAGGAGGCGGCCGGUGGCGGCGGCACGGCUGGGGGGGAGCCUCCCGUGGCCGCCCCCCCCAGCCCGGACUCAGCGGGGGCCGUCCCUGUCUAUCCCCAGGAUAUGAACAAGCUGAGCUGCGGCAAGAAGAUGCGGGUGGAAGGUGGGCAGCUGGGCGGCGACGAGUGGACCCGACACGGCAGCUUCGUCAACAAGCCCAGCCGGGGCUGGCUGCACCCCGACGACAAAGUGAUGGGCCCCGGAGUCUCCUACCUCGUCCGGUACAUGGGGUGCGUGGAAGUGUUGCAGUCGAUGAGGGCACUCGACUUCAACACGAGGACUCAAGUCACAAGGGAGGCCAUCGGCUUGGUCUGCGAAGCGGUGCCCAGCGCCAAGGGAGCUGUCCGCAGGAGAAAGCCCUGCGGCCGCUCACUCAACUCCAUCCUCGGCAAGAGCAACCUGAAGUUCGCCGCCAUGCCCAUCACGCUCACCAUCUCCACCAGCAGCCUCAACCUCAUGGCGUCUGACUGCAAGCAGAUCAUUGCUAACCAUCACAUGCAGUCGAUUUCUUUUGCGUCCGGAGGGGAUCCGGACACAGCCGAAUAUGUCGCCUACGUUGCCAAAGACCCCGUCAAUCACAGAGCCUGCCACAUCCUGGAGUGCCCCGAAGGGCUAGCUCAGGAUGUCAUCAGCACCAUCGGGCAGGCGUUUGAAUUGCGCUUCAAGCAGUACCUCAAGAACCCUCCCAAGCUCGUCACUCCUCACGACAGGAUGGCUGGUUUCGACGGCUCCGCUUGGGACGAAGAAGAAGACCCGCCGCCCGAUCACCAGUACUACAACGACUUUCCUGGGAAGGAGCCGCCCCUGGGAGGCGUGGUAGACAUGCGCUUGCGGGAUGGCGCUGUGGCGGCCCAGGCGCCCAACCAUCUGGGAGCCACGUUGCCCGUGGGCCAGGUGGCCGGUGGGGACUAUGACUCCAGGAAGCCGCCCCCCGCUGCUCAAGGAAGGGACAGAUACCCCCCCGCCGCUGGCCCCUCUGGGCGAACGGACCUGUUCGAUGACCCCUCCUAUGUCAACGUGCAGAAUCUGGAAAAGGCACGGCAAGCUGGUCUGAGCGCCACCGCCAACGGCAGUGUCCAAAGAGAUCUCUUUGACAUGAAGCCCUUUGAAGACGCCUUGCGAGUGCCUCCCCCCGCUCCGCCGGCCCAGCUGGUGGCGUCUAUGGAGGAGCAGCUGCGCCGGGAGCCCUGGUACCACGGCCAGAUGAGCCGCAAGGAGGCCGAGAAGCUGCUGCAGACCAAUGGGGACUUCCUUGUGCGGGAGAGCACCACCACGCCUGGCCAGUACGUGCUGACCGGCCUGCAAGGGGGACAGCCCAAGCACCUGCUCCUCGUUGACCCCGAGGGAGUGGUCCGAACAAAAGACCACCGCUUCGAGAGCGUCAGCCACCUCAUCAGCUACCACAUGGACAAUCGGUUGCCGAUCAUCUCGGCUGGCAGCGAACUCUGCCUGCAGCAGCCCGUGGAGCGGAGGUCGUGAGAAGCCCGGGGGGCUGGGCACACAGUUCCCCCCCCCAGCAUCACCUUUUCCUCCC